CAUAAACAACAAGCACACAUUUAAUGCGUAAAUAUUUUUACAAAAUGAUUGAAAGAACCACUGAUUUCUUUUGAGAUAUUUUGAAUGACAGUUGUAGUUUGAAAUGUCUGAGCUGGCAUUGGAUGAAAUGUCCGUUUUAUCAGCAAUAUACUGUGAAAAGGACGAAUUUGAGCUACUUGAGAAAUCAGCAGAAAAGGGACUUAUAUUCCGCAUCCAGAUGGAGGUGGAAGCAGCCACCAGUGAGAGAACUCUUUUGAGUCUCCUCUUCCAGCUGCCAACAGAGUACCCCCACUGUGUCCCAGAAAUAAGUGUCAGCUCUGAACAGCUCUCCAGGAAACAAUGCCAACACAUCAAGCAGAGUCUGCUGGAAAAGGCCUCGGCACUGGAGCCAGAGCCCAUGGUUCAUGAACUACUGCUGUGGCUCCAACAGAACUUCACUGAACUUACUUUAAAUGACCAGUCCCUGGUGGAGGUGCAAGAGGAGGGUGGUGAGGAGGAGACGUGGAUAGCUCUUUUUCUAAUAGACCAUAUGAGGUCCAAAACAAAAUAUAUAAAGACAAUUGAAAAGUGGAGCUUGGAAUUGGGGCUCACCGGAAGGCUGUUCUUGGGGAAGUUGAUACUGGUCCUUCUGCAAGGCGCAAGGAGGAGUAUCAAGGAAUACAUCCAUCUCCAGAGAACUGUGAAAGUAGAUGUGGAUUCAUCAGGAAAGAGAUGCAAAGAGAAGAUGAUGAGAGUUCUUUGCGAAACCCAAGUCUCAGACCUCAAACGGAUCUCAUCUUUUGAAAUCAAAGCGUUUUUGUCCCUCGAGGAGCUAAAAAGGGAGUUUGAGCAAGUUGGACUAUUGACUCUGUACCAAGAGUUUGUGCCCACAUUGCCGUAGCCAUCAUGGCUUUUGUCAAGUCAUGCUUUUCCAGACAGGUGCAGCUUAUGUGAACUUUAUACUUUCCAUAUGACAGUCAACGGAAGGACUAAUCUAAAUAUCUGAUUAACAUUCAAUUAUGGGUUACAUCUGUGCAUUGAAAAUGUAAAAGGUAUUCAAAAGGUUUUUCUACCAUCCACAUGAUGGCAGCAAAGUCUACCAUUUGAAUCAAAGAUUUGUAAAGUUGAUAGUUUAUUCAAAUCUUUUUUAUUUUUUAUUGUCACAUACUGGAUAGGUGCUUUGAAAUGUGUUGUUAUACAGGGUCAGCCAUAGUAGCACGGCACCCCUGGAGCAAAUUACUGUGAAGUGCUUUGCUCACCACACAUCGACAGGUUUUUCACCUUGCCAGCUCAGGUAUCCACUUAGGCUAUUUCCUAGUUGAAAAGUUGUGCCUUGCUUUCUACUCCUGACAGAUUUGUUCCUCCCUCUUGUACCUCUUCAUCAGAUGAAAUGCAUGAAGGUUAAGGUCAUAUAGAAAAACUUAUAUAAAGUGGUGCACAAAACUCUGUUACAUGAAAGUUGCAUCAUAUGACUUAGCUUCGAACUGCGUCUAGGAUGUUGUAUACAGAUGCGUAUCGUUCCGGUGCCUAGCGUCUGAAAUUAAUAACAGCCAUACAGUUUUAGCCUCGUGAGCCACCCUGAUCUCGCGAGCUUACAUACAGUGCAUUCGGAAAGUAUUCAGACCCCUUGACUUUUUCCACAAUUUUGUUACGUUACAGGCUUAUUCUAAAAUUGAUUAAAAAUACAAUUUCUACACAGAAUACCCCAUAAUGACAAUACCUUAUUUACAUAAGUAUUCAGACCAUUUGCUAUGAGACUCAAAAUUGAGCUCAGGUGCAUCCUGUUUCCAUUG